AUGAAGAAGCUUUCUCAACAAGCCUCUGCAUCAUCACAGAAAGAAAAGUCUCCCACAAUCAUAAGGGAGGACAUUAGCCUAGCUACUAAAAGGAAUGUUGAAGCUGAUAAUGAAUUAGACUUUACCUCAUCAUCUUCAACUAGUAAGGGGGUUGUGUUUGCACUCUUGAAAGGAACAAAACGAACAAUUGAUAUUAAUCAAUCUAAGGUUUUUAUCGGAAGAGAUCCUGUUACUUGUGAGGUGUGUUUGGCAAAUUCACCAACAGUCUCAACAAUGCAUGCACAAUUGGAAUUUAUUGAUGAUAAUUCAAAAGAAAAGCCUAAAGUUGUUUGUGUCUUGAGAGAUUUAAAAUCAAAGAAUGGAACACUAGUUAAUAACGUUAAAGUGAGUCAAAAUUUAUCAUCGAUUAUUAGGAAUGGAGAUUUGAUUCAAUUCGGACAAGAUGAAGUAUUUAGAUUCGAGAUUGGACCUUUUGUUUCAGAAGUUGUAAACAAAGCACCAAUCAUUGAUGCAGAUGAAUUUACUUCAAUAGACUCACCUCUCUCAUCAGAUUUUGAAAUUCAAGAGAAAGUGAAGGAAAUAACAUCUAAGGAAGAAAAUGAAACAGAUUUUAUUGAAACAGAAGGAGAUAAAUUGGAAGACACAUUCUUUGAAACAAUGGAACCAACAAAUAGACUCAUUGAUAGAGAGGUUUAUAAGGAUGAAAGUCUGAGAAUGCACUUGUACGAUGAAAUUAACGAUCUAACCUCUGAACUCUCAACUAAAUUAAACCUUCUCAAUUCCGUCCUUAGUGAAGACACUCCUUACCAUAGAAAUCAAGUCCCUUUCGAGUUUUUAAAGUCCAUGCACAACCUUUCUGAAAGUAUUUCAUUCCUCACCAGAGACACGAUAUUCGAAAGACAAUCAGAAAUCAAAUUUAGAGAACUAGAACAGUAUGCAAACUCCUUAGAAAGAAAGCUCGUAAAUUACAAAAAACUUGGGAAGGAUUCUGAAGUUUCACUUGCUCAAUGUAAAAAAUUAUACACCAAAUCUAAGGAUGAAAGCAAUAAGAAGAUUCAUGACCUUACCACCUCCUUACACGGAAGAUUGGAUGAAAUACAACUUCUUAAAAAAGGACUUUCCAAUGAAAAAGAUAUAACCAAUUCUUUAAAAACAGAAAUUGAUAGACUCAAAUAUAGACUAUCAAUUGAGGUUACACAAACAGAGAGUCUAAGAAAAUCCAACGACAUUCUCAGACAGCAACUGCUCAAAACACAAGAUUACUCCAACUUUUUACACAAGGAAAUUUUGAAAAUAGAGGACUUUCCACUGAAUCUCAAAAUUUCCAAUCUAGUUUCUAAUGAAACAAAACAAUCACCAAACCUUAAUCAAACGAUCAAUGCAACUUCAAUAAUUGAGCAAUAUAAAAACAUGGAUCUAUAA